AACAUUUUGACAUGCGUCAUUGUCCAAAAUGUAUCUUUCGUCGGCGGUCGCAAACUAAGUAAAAACAAUAAUUAUCGAAAUUUUAAGUGCGCCUCAUACAUAGGUCAUGGAAUUUUUGAGGCGGCUCCAAUCAAAUCCAAAAUUCCCCGCCAUAAUAGCCACCUUAUCUUAUAGCUUAUUGACCCUAUGUAGUGCAGGAGGCUUGUUAUAUUACUACACACAAAUUGUAAAUAAUGAAUUCAAUCACUGGCCAUUGAUUGCAUAUUUGCUCAUGUUGGCUAACGGACUGACUGGAUAUACUGAAUUCUUUGAUGAAGAUUCAUUCUGUCCAUUGCGUGACUUAUUGGAUUAUUGUCAAGUAGUAUUGGUCCUGCCAUGUUACGCCGCGGAACUGUGGACUAAAUCAGAAAUGGGACCUGCCGAGGUAGCUUACGUUCAUGCUGGGCUAGGAUUUUUAGCAGCUGCCAUGUUUGUCGUAACUGAGUUCAGAAGACAAGACCUUACCGACCUAGCAAUUUUUACUAACGGUUUUAGUACUUUUGGUGUCGGAAUUUUAUCCAAAAAUCCACUAGCAUUUCUUGCCGGAUUGUGUUUCUUUUUAGGAUAUUACUGGUACAAGCGCUCAGAAGAUCAAUGUUGUUUGGCGCCCCAAGAUAAAUUUAACUUUAUUAUGGCCCUGUUUGCUAUUAUAUCUGUAUUAUCCUUCGACCAGAAUGUCGUUGAGAGUAUUCAAUCACUCAUACCGGAAGGAUUAUUUGCAAGUGAAUCGGAAUCUAGCCCCUGGAGCCUCAAUAAAUAAAUCUUGGGAUCACUCAAGGAAGGACCUAGACAUACAUACAAGGUUCACCUUAAUUUCUCUAAAGGGUAGAAAAAUUAAGGUCAACCUUUUUCAAAUUAUGUGUACAGGAAAUUACAUUAAAUAUAAAUCUACGAAAAAGAUUGGUACGGUUUUAUAUGUAUUAUGGAGGACACGUGCAAGUUAACUGAAUCCUUUUAAAAUGUGGGUAUACCGUAGAAGUUGACAAAGUUGUUUUAAUUUCAAAUAUAAUUUUGAACUGUUAUUGGUGUUUAACAUAAAUUAAAUACAGUAAACACCACCUUAAACAAACUUUUUAUAUAAUUUAAUAUUUAAAAUAAUAUUUUUUAUUAAUAUACUAUUAAAAAACAA